GCUGGCUAAAGGAGCGGAUGUGACGCAUCGUACGUGCAGGAAGUGCAGUCUUAUGCUGCAGUGUAUGGGACAAAAGGGCUACUACAGCUUCUAGGCUACCAGUUAGUUUCCUACGUGUUCCCGGGACUCGCUGUGAGUUUUGCUCUGUUCUGUAGCGGUGCAUUGGUGGGUUGUGGAAGUGCCCAGGCUGACUAUACUGCGGAGCUGGUAGAAAGAGCGGCUGCGGGAGCCUACGUCUGCCCAUCUGCAAGAGAUCUGCUGCAGUCCAGUUCUGCCGGUAAUGUGCUGUCUCUUUUCAUCUCAUGUUAUUUGGCGGCACAGUUUGUAAAUAGCGCUUAGGAGAGAAUUCAUAGCUGCGUUUUCCCGCACGCUAAUUCUCUUAACGUGGUGGAAUCUGCAUGUUUGCGCCGCCGAGCCCCGAUUUAUUAAACGUGGCGCUACCUACCGCUACUGCGAGCAGCGGGCCAAAUAGUUACAGGAGCCAACAGCAAAGUCAUAUUAUACCUCUGUAAUCUCGUUUCAUUCAGGAUGGCUGAAGCACUUGGAGCUCAGGAACUUUAUGAAAAGAUGUUUGAGCAGCGGUUUACAGCCAAUGACAAGGAAUACCAGGAAUAUCUGAAAAGAGAACAAGAUCAACCACCAAUUGUAGAAGACUGGAAAAUGGGCAAUCAAAGAAAUACAGAUAGGUAUCGUGAUAAUCGACAUCAUAGAGGAUGGGAUGGAAGACAAAACUGGUCUAGCAAUAGCUACAAUCAGUCAUACGGAAGGGGAGGUUGGGGAAACAGCUAUAACCAAUACAGACAAGACCGGCAUAACUACCAACAAGGACACUACACACACAAUCCUAGCAACCAAAGGUUUCACUCAGAUCGAUAUUAGUGAAAUUGGUAUUCAGCUUCGGGAUAUUUUUUAUAUCUGUACAAAUUAAGACUUUGCAUUUUCACAAAACACAUUUUUGUUUUGACUUUUGUGCAUAAUUACAAUACAAUUAUAAUUACAAUGAAAUCUGUUUUAUAAAAUAGUCAGCAACAAAAUCACAGGCACAAUCUCCAAGAGACGGCGCCCAGACCUAUUUGUCUCACAUGGGGUUUGGGGAAGCCAGAGCUGCAGUGAAAUUUAAUUUGGUAUCUGGUAGCUGUGGUCACUAACCCCGGCAAACAGAAAGCAGAUGAAUCUGAAGGCUAGAUUUGCACCCUUUCCAUUUUAUCUUGUAGUCUGUAAUUCAAGCCGUUGUCUGGUUGCAAGGGUAAGUAGGAUCCUGAAUUCCAGUUUAAAUUGCAGAACAAAACUUAUAUAUACUCUUAUAGUACUACUGCCUAGUUUAGCUUCAUUUUCUGUAAAGAAUGUUUUAACAUAUUUUUGAGUAAUGGUGGCCAUAGAUUUUGAUACACAUCUGGCCAUGCUUUUGUUCUGUUCAUUUGGUCUGACCACUCGACCCAUCAUCACUGGAGAAGACCUGAUUUAGCUGCUGAAUAACUGACAGCAGGUACAACUUUUGGUUUGGACAGAUCAAAAGUGACCCCAGAUGCGACAUGUUCAGGCAGACCAAAUUUAAACAUAUAUGGUUCACUUUUAAAGGGGUUGUUCACCUUCAAUGUCCAAAUAUUUUUAAAACAAUACUCUCAUCUUGUUAGAAAAUCAAUUUUUCAUUAAAAAAAAAAAAAAAAAAGUAAAAACACCAGUGUAAAAGCUACUUUUAUACUUAAAUCAGUCCUUCUGUCUCUCAUCAGUUUUCUGAAGGGAUAGGAGUAACCUACCUGACACACUGACAACUUAUAUGUAUACAUCAUCACAUCCAGGCUUUGCCCUUAUUUUUUUUCCUAUUGGACCAGUUCAUUGGUUGCUUGUGCACGCUAACCAGUUGCAUAAAUUGAAAGGUCAUUGGUUAAUUUCUCCCUUGCAAUGGCAAAGGCUAACAGAUUCUGCAUAACACAAAUCUGCACAUUUUUUGUUUAACUAUAUGGCAAAGAUUGUUCUAUUAAUGUGAACGGUUAGAAUUGUAAAUGUUGUACAAAGGUGAACAACCCCUUUAAUUGAAAGUGUACAGAAAAAAAAACACUUUCACUGGGGAAUUGGGGUCCUAAUUUUUUGUUAGCCCCACAGAAAACAAAUCGCUUAUAUUCUCCCCCAGGAUGGUGCGUCUCUUCUGCAAAAAAAAAAGCUUGUGGAUGUCCCAGACUGUGCAAAUAUGAGGUAUAGUAAAAUGUCCUGUUUGUUAUUGUACCCAUGUGCUGAUUUCAGUGGUGCAAUACUGCACAAGCACACAGUCCAGGACAUAGGAAAUAGAUCAAUGGGAAUUAAAGAUGGAAAAGUAACCUUGUUUGGUAUGUUUAAAGAAGUGGAGCACCAGGUGGGGGUGAGAAAAAAAAUCGGCUAUUCAGUGGGGUGGGGGAUGUAUAAUAAAUUGGCUCCCUACCCACCCAGUGAUUACUACUUUCCUAUCCUUUAUUAUGAAUUCCUUUUCUUAAAAAUGUCCUAUGGUUAGUGUUGGGUGUCCAUAUUUUUCUUUCCUUGAUAUGUGCAUACGCCUUUAGCAAGCACAAGCAAAAUAUCACACAUUUACAAGUGUGACUUAAAGGGCUUCACUUGCCAACUGCUACUGUAAGUGUAUGUAUACACAUGCAUGGGAGUGGAAGGUUCAAGCGUAUGAUGGACAUUUAUUUGGCUGUUAGAAUUUUUUUUUUUUUUUUUUGCAUCUAAUUGUUAACAAUUAGAAUUUGCUGUUUACAACAAUUUUUUGCUUGUGUUUUCCCCCUUUUUUCUCAGUUUUCAGAUUUAUACCUGAAGUUAUAAAAGGUUUGUGCUAGUUCUUGUGAAAAAUCUGUCAAACUGUUGUAUGGCAGUAUAUUGUCACAUGUAGGAAAUUUAGUUUGCAUUGUGCAAAUUUAAACAAAACUUACACUUUAUAGGUACUGAAGAUGUUUAGGCUCAAUUUAGAUAAUAAAUCCACUCAAAGAAUUCAGUGUAAAUUUUCAAAAGCCAGCAAAGUGGUACACUUUAUGUAAGAUAAAAUAUUACAAUUAUUACAUAGUCUCAAUGUCAUCUUCUGUUUCUAGUAAUAUUCCUAAUAAAUUAUGCCUGCCGAACAGAUGUCAUUUUGUACAUAAACUGGGCAGUCAAUAAAUGAUCUUGCUUUAUCACA